UAGAAAAUUAUUAGUAUCAAUUAUACGUUUUUCUAAAUCACCUUUGACUUAGUUAUAAGUUCUACUACAUACCUAAGAAUAUGGUUGAAAAGUGCGACGAGCACUGUACAAUACCAAGUAUUUAACCUAGGAUCUACAUCUAGGUUUAGACCCACCAUACUUUCCAUCUAACACACCGCAAACCAGGAGAUAAACAAGGAGGGAGAUAAACAAGGAGCAAGAUAAACCUUCAGUCUUCAGUCUCCCUACUUACUUACUUACCAAGAUAUCCAAGAUGGUCGUCCUCCCACCCGGCAUAACCUUAAGCCCACCGUCCCCAACCCGGGGCCGUUCUAUUCUUGCAUCGCAGGUUUUCAGCCCGGGAGCCGUCAUCGCCGUGUUUGGUCACGGCGAAGGGGCACCUAGCAUAGCUAUCCCGGACAACCCACACCUAGCGCGGACCUGCCACUACUGCCUAGCCACAGCAUCGGAUCAAGAUCCCACAGCUACUUCCCCGGUCCGCGUGCGCGCGUGCACCGGCUGUCGCACAGUAUACUACUGCACCCCGGCAUGCCAGAAGGCCGAUUGGGCGCUCGCCCACGGCCGCGGCGAGUGCAAGGCCUUCCGGCGCGUUCGGGCUCCUGACCCUGCUUCGCCCCAAGAGGAGGUCGAUCCGAAUCACAUAGACCUGCCGACGCCUGUACGGGCUCUGGUCCAGGUGCUUGUGCGCCCGGAAAUGCAGGCUGCGGUCGCGGAGAUGGAAGGCCAUGUCGAGACGGUGCGUAGGGACCCGGAUAUGGCGUGGGCCGGCAUAGAGCUCCAGGCUCGCGCUGCGCUGCAUUACUUGGGUCGGGAGACGAGUAAAAGUAAUCUGGCCGAGGCUAUGGAGAUUGUGUGCAAGCUAAAACUCAACUCCUUCAACCGACUCGAUGCAGACAUUGGCGAGAGCGGGACAUACCUCAAUCCUGCGCUGGCCAUGAUAAACCAUUCCUGUAUUCCGAAUGCUUUCGUACAGUCCAUGGGACGCAAGGCAAUCCUACAUGCGUAUCGGGAGAUAAAAGAGGGUGAAGAGAUCGAAAUAUCAUAUAUCGAAUCCACACUCCAUCGCUCGCACCGCCAAAAAGCGCUACAGAAGCAGUAUCACUUCAAAUGCGCCUGUCCCCGGUGCAAAGACGACCUAGACGUCUACCAAGUCUGCCAGCAGUACCCGCAUCUCGAGCUGAACUCGUUCAGUCUCGUCCCCAAUCUAGACAAACUACGCCAUCCACCUAUCAAGCAGCAUUUGCAGUCGGACAGUUCUCUGCAGCAACAUAUCAAAAAGAUAUACCCGAAAUGCACAGAAUCGCUACAAGGCGUGAGUUUACUAGAGAAACCCAAGCAGCUCCGCCGGCGCUGGAAAAUGUGCGCGCGGCUUCGAGAAGCCGGAUUGUACGCCAUCGAACCAUUAACGCAAGUGAUCGUCGACGCUAGCAUUUAUUUCUGCGAAAAGAGAAAUUUCCAAUACGCCUUAGCUCUGUCAUGUUUCCUUGCUCUGAACAGCGAUCCAUAUAGAGAUCCUAUGCCCUUCUCCGUACCCAGGGUGAAGGGCAUGCUCAUGGUUGCGAAGCUCCUAGCCAACACGGCAUCGGCGCCGCCUUCCGCAUCGAGCGGAGACGCUGAGCCUUUGUCGGCGAGGAUAUCACAGGCUCUGAGCAAGAUGGACCAAGCUACCAUGUGCCAGACGAUUCUGGCCAUGGUUGUUCAUUAUUGCCCGGCGGCUCAUUCGAAAGAAUGGCAAAUAUACCGUCAGGCAAAGGACCUGCUGAACGAUCUCGAGAGCCUGCCGGGUCGAGAGACUGAAAAUGCAUUGGUAAAUGCUUUUGCUAGAAACCCGACUGGUUCGGAGGAAACCCGUUUUUUCACCACGGCAGUCCUAGAACCAAUCCAAACACUAGCUGCAUUUUGUGAGGAAAUAGUGGGUUAGGUUAUUAGGGGUAGAUUCAGGAGUACGAGGAUAGAAGGGCAGGCGUUAAUAGUUCAAUUCAACUAUCCUGACAUUCACUCUAUGCAUGAUGUUCAUCAAGGGUAUCAGUCUGACAGAUUUACACUGGAGAUAUAAAGAGUGUAUUAUUGCAGAGUGCAAACUAAGCUGUUGGGUACUUUAUUCUGUACGAUAAUGCUUGAUAAUAGCCCACCGCUU